CUUAUCAUGUAGAUAAGCUCAAAACCAAAUGAGAAGUUAUAGUGAUCCUCAGAACACAAAAGUCACUGUCAGAUUCAAAGUCGGAAAGGCUGUCUUUCUUGACCCGGUCGCGUUCAUCCCCGUUGUUCAUCAACCACCUUCAUCUAAUCUUUACUACGUUAUAAGGCAAAGCGGGAAUCACAUAGGUGAAGCAUGUGUUAGUGCAAAAGAAGGGGACAGAGCUUCUUGUUGCAUGUGCUUUACUUAUAUGCCUGAUGCUGAACCAAGGCCUCUAGAUCCUUUUGACAUAAACCAACAAUUUGAGAUCCAUCAAAGUGGAUCAUCAACCCAGAAGUUCUUUGCUACAUCUGUUGCUUCAGACGGAAUACCACCUCAGUUCCUGACGAAAAAAGGUUGGGUGGUUAUUUCCUUGCCUAUCGAAGAAAAUGCUUUGAUUGAUGAUGCAAAGGGAAUAGUUGACGCAAAGCUGCGCUAUGAGUUUCCUGAUUUCGAUAAGAGCGUUGUAGUUGGGAAAUGGUAUGUUCCCUUCUUAUUUGUUAAGGAUGGUGAUGCAAAAGAUCAGAUGAAUAAAUCAAUGUAUUAUAGUAUGACGCUUCAGCAAAGAUUUGAAGAGGUUUUCUUCUGUGAAAACGUUGACAACAAUAAAUAUCGUGAGGUUGUAGUUGAUGUGGAGGUAGAAACAGAAGUGGUCAAGCUUGAAGGAGACAAGAUUGCAAGAGAGAUAAAAGGUGUGAAUUCAGAUGGAGUUGUGUGGUUUAGUGUCUCAGCGACUGAUAAGAUUGGUCUUGGGUCUGUGGUCUUGGAGAGGAUGAAAUGGGAAGAGGAGAGGUUUGGUUGGUCGAACAAAGGCGAUGAACUAAGGUCUAGCAUUAAGAGAACUGAGAAAUUUGAAGGCGGUGGACCGCAUUGGAAGAGUUAUAGAUGCUAUGUACUGGUAGAGAGCUUUGAAUUGAAGAGAGCUGAUGGGAGUUUGGUAUUGACAUAUGAGUUUAAACAUGUUGAUAAGUUGAAGAGCAAGUGGGAUUGAGUUUAUUUCAGCUUCUUUGUUUGUUAUGUGUGCAAUUUAUGGUGUGGUCAUUUUAAUGAGAGCUUUAUGCAAGUUAAUGUGUUAUAACUUGAAGCUCUCAUACAUAUUUGUAAAGUUUAUAUAUAAUAAAUCUCCAUGAUAAUGUUUAUGAACCU